GGUCUAGUCGCCGGUCCCCGAACUCCCUAGCAAAAUCCCUCCCGGUAAGACUAGGUACUUCUCGUUAGCAUCGGACUAUUAUCAACGGAGGGAAAGCUCUCUCGUCAGCAACCUAUUAUAAGUCAGGUGCAAUCGAUGAUAGCCUCGUAUGACUGCAGAUAAAUCCUAGUCCAAAGGCAGCUCAAUGGCUAGCCGUUGCAUUGGGAACCGAGUCGAUGACUGCUAUACGUUCCCCGAGGUUUCCCAUCCUCCUCCGGAUUCCGUCGAGUUCGGGAAUACAGAACGGGCGGUGACGUGAGAGUACCGGGUACCUGGUGUGGUGCCGUAUUUUAGAGAUCUACCCACAGUGGGGCCAUGGGUGGACUGGCAGUCUCGAUGGUACCCGGUACUUUGGGGACUGCCAAACUGUACGUACAGUCCAUUCGACGUACGGAGUGUAGGGGCAGAUUUGGUUGGAGUUGUUGAGGAAAAGCACCCCCACCAUACAAAGAAACCUCUCGGAGUCCCGAGCAGUCCCCCCUCGUACACUUGUAUGACCUGUACACUCUAUACGACUCGGGGUAUCACUCUGUAACGCCCCGGUCCCACCCAUCGCCAACUCCUGUACACAGUAAAACACCAAAAACUAAGAAAAUUACCGCAGGAGGAGCUGUACACCGUACCUGCGAGUACUUGGCCCCGCGGAUUUUUCUCAACGCUGCUCCCCUGUUGACUUGCUUCCUUUCAUCGCCCUUUUCUCUCCUCCUUCUCCUCUCCUCAUUCUCCUUUACUCUUGGGCUGCUCUACAUACAAACAUAAUCAUCAUGCCCUCCACUUCCUUGUCCGCCGCCGGCAACGGCGUGCAGAAUGCCAACGACAACAUCACCCGCUUCAACCCUCCCAGCCGUGUGCUCUCUCCCCUCCAGAACGCUCUCUUCCACAACAAGACACGAUGCUUCGUAUAUGGCAUGCAACCCCGAGCCGUGCAGGGCAUGCUCGACUUUGACUUCAUUUGCAAGCGCUCCACCCCCUCCGUCGCCGGUAUCAUCUACACCUUCGGUGGUCAGUUCGUCAGCAAGAUGUACUGGGGUACCAGCGAGACCCUCCUCCCCGUCUACCAGGACGUCGAGAAGGCCAUGGCCAAGCACCCCGACGUCGACACCGUCGUCAACUUUGCCUCCUCCCGCUCCGUCUACAGCUCCACCAUGGAGCUCAUGAACUGCCCUCAGAUUCGCUCUAUUGCUAUCAUUGCUGAGGGUGUUCCCGAGCGUCGUGCUCGUGAGAUCCUCGUUGCUGCCAAGGAGAAGGGUAUCACCAUCAUUGGACCCGCCACCGUCGGUGGUAUUAAGCCCGGUUCCUACAAGAUCGGUAACACCGGUGGUAUGAUGGACAACAUCGUUGCCUCCAAGCUGUACCGCAAGGGUUCCGUCGGCUACGUCUCCAAGUCCGGUGGUAUGUCCAACGAGCUGAACAACAUCAUCGCCCAGAACACCGACGGUGUCUACGAGGGUGUUGCCAUCGGUGGUGACCGUUACCCCGGUACCACCUUCAUUGACCACCUGCUCCGUUACCAGGCUGAGCCCGAGUGCAAGAUCCUGGUCCUGCUCGGUGAGGUCGGUGGUGUUGAGGAGUACCGUGUGAUCGAGGCCGUCAAGAACGGCGUCAUCACCAAGCCCAUCGUUGCCUGGGCCAUCGGAACUUGCGCCAGCAUGUUCAAGACCGAGGUUCAGUUCGGUCACGCCGGUGCCUCUGCCAACUCCCAGCUCGAGACUGCCGUCUAUAAGAACAAGGCCAUGCGUGAGGCUGGUAUCCACGUCCCCGAGACCUUCGAGGACCUGCCCCAGCUCCUCAAGCAGGUCUACGAUGCCGAGGUUCAGAAGGGCAACAUCGUCCCCGCCCCCGAGCCCGUGGUCCCCAAGAUCCCCAUUGACUACUCCUGGGCCCAGGAGCUGGGUCUCGUCCGUAAGCCCGCUGCCUUCAUCUCCACCAUCUCCGACGACCGUGGCCAGGAGCUGCUCUACGCCGGUAUGCCCAUCUCCGACGUCUUCCGGGAGGACAUUGGUAUCGGUGGUGUCAUGUCUCUGCUGUGGUUCCGCCGCCGCCUGCCCAUCUACGCCAGCAAGUUCCUGGAGAUGGUUCUCAUGCUCACUGCCGACCACGGUCCCGCCGUGUCCGGUGCCAUGAACACCAUCAUCACCACCCGUGCCGGCAAGGACCUGAUUUCCGCUCUCGUCUCCGGUCUCCUGACCAUCGGUUCCCGCUUCGGUGGUGCCCUCGACGGCGCCGCCGAGGAGUUCACCAAGGCCUUCGACAAGGGUCUCAGCCCCCGUGACUUUGUCGACAUCAUGCGCAAGGAGAACAAGCUCAUCCCCGGUAUUGGCCACAAGGUCAAGUCUCGCAACAACCCCGAUCUGCGUGUCGAGCUGGUCAAGGAGUUUGCCAAGAAGCACUUCCCCAGCACCAAGCUGCUCGACUACGCCAUUGCCGUCGAGACCGUCACCACCUCCAAGAAGGACAACCUGAUUCUCAACGUCGACGGCUGCGUUGCUGUCUGCUUCGUUGACCUGCUCCGCAACUGCGGUGCCUUCUCCGACGAGGAGGUCGAGGACUACAUGCGCAUGGGUGUCCUCAACGGUCUGUUCGUUCUGGGUCGCUCCAUCGGUCUGAUUGCCCACUACCUCGACCAGAAGCGCCUGCGCACCGGCCUGUACCGCCACCCCUGGGACGACAUCACCUACCUCCUCCCCACCCUCCAGAAGGGUGGUGCCGAGGGUCGUGUUGAGGUCAACCUGUGAUUUUGAUGGCCUUGUUCGUUUUCCCUCUUUUCCCCCGCACACACACAUGAUAUGAUUUGCAGCGCCCGUCCGCUGGUGGCAUACAGUCCGUCGUGAGAACCAUUCCUUGGCAUAUAUAUGGGUUCUGGUUCCGGCGGUGGAGUUUGGAUGGGUUGAAUCCCCCUUUUUUGGUUUUGCUUUCUUUUUUUUUGUGUUGUUUCUUGAAGCAGUCUUUGCGUGUAUGCCAUGCUUAAAACCGCGGGUCCUGAUGGGAAUGGUUUUCCCAGAUGGAGAAAACGGUGCGACGCCCGACUACGGAUCUGUUAAUUUUGUUUAGAUGACUAGACCUCUCUGGGGACUUAAUGAACGUGCCCUCUUGCAUGAUGAAUCUUGUGUGUAGUAGAAAUGUAGAUUGUACAAAAUUUUUCAGCGUA